GAGAGAGGGUGGAGGAACGACGGGUGGGUGAAAGAAACGAACAAGAGUUUUACUUAAUGUGUGUGUUUUGUUUUUUUGGAGGGGACGUGCGCGCGCUCUCAGACACGAGGUGAUGUUGACCGAACCGGACAGGCUCCUCCGCCGCGAAUAAGCGGCAGUGACACCCUGACCGAGGGGCUGGGGCACGACGCGCGUCCGUACCACCGUGCAGUUAUGUGUAAAAUAAUCGAGUGUUUGUUUUCCCCCCUCGCCGAGCCUUGAACGCGCUGUCCUUUGUGGCCACACGUGGAGAUGAGCUCACGUUUUCUUCGUGGAGAUUGUCGUGAAGUGACCGAAGUACUUCAGUGUUUGGAUCGGCAGAUCGCACAUGGACGUUGAGUUCUCCGGGCCUUCGAGUCGCUCAGCUGGGCAGCAUCAAAGCGCACGGACCACUGGGAAAAUGUCAAGGAUGCUCCUAGAAGGAGCCGCUGAGAGAGCGGCGUGAUACUCAGCCGAGGAGACAGAGGACGCCGAUCACAAGUGCAGUUUAGAGAAUAACGGUCGCUGAUUUUAAGGGGCUUUUUUUUAAAAAAUAAAAACAAUGGGACCUCUUGGCACGUUUUCGUGGGCUUCUUCGACGUGACACCGGACACACAGGAACUCUGUUGCUGCUGCUGUUGUUGUGUUGGUGUUGUGCAGUUCGGGCGUGAAGUGGAAGUAGCAUCUUCACUGGGUCACAACCCAGAUUAGUGUAAGGUGACAGAAUUGUUUUAGUGAAGGGGAAUCCCGACCGAGAGCCACACGGCUCGUCACUGCACCAUGGAUGACUCGGGGAUAAUACGGCGGCGGAGGCUGCAGAAGGAUUUGCCACUGCCUCGCAAAAACAGCAGCUGUCGUACAAGCAACAGAAAAAGUCUGAUCCUGACGACCACGUCCCCCACGCUCCCUCGGCCUCACUCCCCUCUGCCCCUCCCUGGACACCUCGGAAGCAGCCCACUGGACAGCCCACGAAACUUCUCUCCCAGCAACCCAGCCCACUUCUCAUUCGCCUCCUCCAGAAGGGCCGAUGGACGACGAUGGUCUUUAGCGUCGUUGCCCUCUUCUGGAUAUGGUACCAACACUCCCAGCUCCACGUCCUCCAGCUCUUCUCAGGAGCGACUGCACCAGCUGCCCUUCCAGCCCACCAUGGAUGAGCUCCACUUCUUAUCCAAGCACUUUGGCAGCACAGAGAGCAUCAUGGAUGACGAUGGGGGCCGCUGCUCUCCCCACAUGCGCCCUCGCUCCCGCAGCCUCAGCCCAGGACGCUCCUCCUCCUGCUACGAUAACGAGAUAGUCAUGAUGAACCACGUGUACAAAGAGCGUUUUCCAAAGGCCACGGCUCAGAUGGAGGGGAGGCUGGCUGAGUUCAUCCAGGCUUACUUGCCUGAAAGUGUUCUUCCGCUGGCCGAUGGAGUCCUCAGCUUCAUCCACCAUCAGAUAGCAGAGCUGGCCAGAGACUGCCUGGCCAAAGCUCGCGAAGGCCUCAUCACCUCUGUGUACUUCUUCGAGCUACAGGAGAAUCUGGAAAAGCUGCUUCAUGAUGCAUUUGAGCGCUCGGAGAGCUCCGAGGUAAUCUUUGUCACGGAGUUGGUGAAAAAGCUUCUGAUCAUCAUCGCCAGACCUGCAAGGCUUUUGGAGUGUCUGGAGUUUAACCCCGAGGAGUUUUACCAUCUGCUGGAGGCAGCUGAGGACCACGCCAAAGAGGGUCAUCUGAUGAAAACAGAUAUCCCUCGUUACAUCAUUGGCCAGCUGGGGCUUACUCGAGACCCGAUUGAAGAUAUGGUUUACUUGGAAAGUUAUGACAGCGAGGGACCAGUGACACCUGAAACAGAUGACUCCACAGAGGGUAAGAUGAGAGCAAUGAAACCACCAGGAGAAGCAGACUUCCAGACCAUCAAGCUGAUAAGUAACGGAGCAUAUGGCGCUGUUUACCUGGUGCGGCAUCUGGAGACACGGCAGCGAUUUGCCAUGAAGAAGAUUAACAAGCAGAACCUGAUACUGAGGAACCAAAUCCAGCAGGCCUUCGUAGAAAGAGACAUUCUCACCUUUGCAGAGAAUCCCUUUGUCGUCUCCAUGUUCUGCUCCUUUGAAACACGUCGGCACCUCUGCAUGGUCAUGGAGUACGUAGAAGGUGGGGACUGUGCCACCCUGCUAAAGAACAUCGGGGCUCUGCCCGUGGAAAUGGCACGCAUGUACUUUGCAGAGACAGUCCUAGCGCUGGAGUACUUACACAACUAUGGCAUUGUGCACCGUGACCUCAAACCUGACAACCUCCUAAUUACCUCAAUGGGCCACAUCAAACUGACUGACUUUGGCCUGUCGAAGAUGGGUCUGAUGAGCCUGACCACCAACUUGUAUGAAGGACACAUAGAGAAGGAUACUCGAGAAUUUUUGGAUAAACAGGUGUGCGGAACUCCAGAGUAUAUCGCCCCAGAGGUUAUUCUUCGUCAGGGUUAUGGAAAGCCAGUGGACUGGUGGGCGAUGGGCAUCAUCCUGUAUGAGUUCCUGGUGGGCUGCGUGCCUUUUUUUGGAGACACUCCAGAGGAGCUGUUUGGACAGGUCAUUACAGAUGACAUAGUGUGGCCAGAAGGAGAUGAGGCUCUUCCUGUUGAUGCCCAGCACCUGAUCUCCUCUCUUCUGCAGACAAAUCCGCUGGUUCGAUUGGGCACAGGUGGUGCUUUUGAAGUGAAGCAGCACUCAUUCUUCACUGAGGUGGACUGGAACAGCCUGCUGAGACAGAAGGCAGAGUUCAUCCCUCAUCUAGAGUCAGAGGAAGACACCAGUUAUUUCGACACUCGUUCAGAGCGCUAUCACCACGUGCAUUCAUACGAUGAAGACGAUACCAAUGACGACGAGCCCGUGGAGAUUCAUCGCUUCUCGUCGUGUUCCCCUCGCUUCAGUAAGGUAUACAGCAGUAUGGAGCAUCUGUCUCAGCUGGAGCAUAAACCCCAUGGCGUGACUCUACGGGAGCACAAGGUCCCCAGGGAGGAUCGCUUAGCCAAGAGAGAAAGCCUGGGAAGUGUCACCCUUCGAGAUAAGAGCUGGAGGACUGGCUCACCGGAGAUGAAGCGUUUAUCCUGCUCAGAGUCCUCCUUCACUGAGAGUGAUUCCAGCCCUCCGUCUGGGGCACGGAGGCGCUUCUCUGCUCUUAUGGAUUCUUACCGAUUGGCCUCCCCUCUGGAGUUGGACUCUGAGCUGCCUGUCCCGGGCAGACAACCUCCAGUGAAGGCCAGGGGAACGUCUCUGGAAGGAGCCAUGAGUACCAUCUCUUCUCAAGGCGACCUGAGGGCAUUCCUUAAAGAAAGUAAUGGCUUUGCAGCUGCCGACAAACUGUUGAGACCUGCUGAUGCAUCACUGCCCCUGCCAAGCAGUGCUACCAUUCUGGGGCUCCCAGACCCACAGGGGACUUGUGGGGCCACCACAGACCUGGUGCUGCGAAGAGUUCGCCACCAGCAGCUCUCGGAAGGAGAAAAACGCAGCUCAAGACCAGGAACUAAAGUUAUCAAAUCUGCCUCUGCCACUGCUCUGUCUGUCAUCAUUCCAGCAGUGGAACAACACGGUGCAUCCCCUCUGGCGAGCCCCAUGUCGCCCCGCUCCCUCUCGUCCAACCCUUCCUCUCGUGACUCAUCCCCCAGCCGAGGCUACUCCCCGAUGGUCAACAUCCUGCAUUCUCCCAUUACCAUCCACCGCUCUGGGAAGAAGUACGGCUUCACCCUCCGAGCUAUCAGAGUCUACAUGGGAGACAGCGAUGUUUACAGCGUGCAUCACAUGGUCUGGCAUGUGGAAGAUGGAGGUCCGGCUCAGGAGGCUGGACUUAGUGCUGGUGACCUCAUCACUCAUGUAAAUGGAGAGUCAGUCCACGGUUUGGUCCAUACAGAGGUAGUGGAGCUGAUCCUGAAGAGUGGGAACAAGGUGACUAUUACAACAACUCCUUUUGAAAACACCUCCAUCAAAGUGGGUCCUGCCCGCAAGUCCAGCUAUAAAUGCAAGAUGGCACGACGCAUCAAGAGGACCAGAGCCAAGGACGGACAAGAUAAGAAGCGCAGCUCCCUGUUCAGGAAAAUUACCAAGCAGUCCAACCUGCUCCACACCAGCCGGAGCCUCUCGUCUUUAAAUCGCUCCCUGUCGUCUGGAGACAGUCUCCCGGGCUCCCCCACCCACAGCCUCUCUGCCCGCUCGCCCACUCAGAGUUAUCGUGGCGCUCUUGAAUCCCCGCACCUGGGUACAUCAUCCCAGAGCAGCUCCCCGGCCUCCAGCACCCCUAACUCACCUGCAACCACUCACCACAUGAGACCCAGCUCCCUACAUGGGCUGUCUCCCAAACUUCACCGGCAGUACCGCUCGGCUCGCUGCAAAUCUGCUGGCAACAUCCCAUUGUCUCCCCUGGCUCACACCCCGUCCCCGACCACCUCCUCUCCUCCACCUCUCACUGGGCACACGGUAGGGAGCUCCAAUACCACGCAGAUGUUUCCUGCCAAGCUGCACUCCUCACCUCCUGUUGCCCGCCCACGUCCCAAGAGUGCGGAGCCACCCAGGUCCCCUUUGCUGCAGCGGGUGCAGUCUGCAGAGAAGCUAGGAGCACAGAUUUUGCCUUCUUCAUCAUCAUCAUCGCCCUCUCCUCUGACAGGGGGGGUGUCAUUACGCAAGCAUAGCCUGGAGGUGACACACGGGGACUACAGGAGAGAGUCCUUCCACUGUGAGCACAGUCUACAAAGUCUGCUAGAGAUGGAAGGAGAGAACGGACCCGCUCCCCCAUCUCCUUCAUCAUCAUCCUCCCCCUCUCCUCCUAUGGGAGGGGAGGUUGGAGGCCUAAAGCCUGUGAGACGUCUGGGAAGGCAGGAAUCGCCACUCAGCCGUGACACACUCUUAACAGCAAGAGAGAAAGAAGUCCAAAUCACAGAGUCUGAGCUUGCUGGGUCACAAACUGAGAGUGCAGCUUCUAAAGCAGAGUCUAAGAUGAGCGUCGUUGACACAUGUAAAACGUUACUUCCUGCUGAGGUUGCAAAGAGUCAUGGAUGUGGAGCUGCAGUUGAAAUCAAGUCCAGUGCUUCAUCUUCAGAGGUUAAGCCUGGUUCUGGCAUCAAAGCUCCAAGUUCAAGCCUUUCCGGUUCUGAGGCAGCAACUUUUAAGAGUAAACCCAGCGAAAAAAUGUCUCCUUCAGGCACAUCAAAGGGCCUGCUAAAGCAAGACUCCAAGCAGCAAAGUGCACAAACAGAUAGUGGACCUGCAACAAAAGCUCAGGAGAAGACUGAGGAGAAGGCAAAAGGCCCUUUAGCUGCACACAAAGGGACCUUUCAGAAAGCACCUACAGAGCAGCUCAAGCAGCGUAAAGGUACAGACACGAUAGAGAAAGGAGCAAGCUAUAAAGCUAGUGAUACCACCAAGCUCAAAGGACCUACACCUGUAAUUCCAAACCAGGGUCAAGCCCACGCUGCAGCCAGAUGCAAAGAGGAGAAGCCAACAAACAGAGGAGUCAAGGAGGAGAGGCAACACCUGGAGGUCCUGGAGGAGAACCCCAUGUCGCCUCCCUCGAAUGCAGCCUCACCCGCCUCGAGCAAGUCACGGCCCAUGUCUCCAGGGGAUAAAGCCAGCUUCGUUACCCAGCUAACAAGCGUGGCCAAAACAGUCCUCGGGCCUAUGAAGGGGGGAUCACAAGAGGGAGGCAAGGUAAAAGACAUAUCCAAGUCUGGCGAGGAGAAGCGGGGAAGCGCUGCAGGAAAAGGAGAAGCUUCGUCUGGCAGUCUCCGCCGGGGGGCUCAGACAGCAGCCAGCACUAUCCAAUCUGAUAAAGGAAACAUUCGCAGCUCUAAGCAUCACUCGUGAUAAGAGCUUCAGAGGGAGUGUGAUUGUCCCAUGCAAUGCCUUUUUAACUGUAGCAUCAAGCUAACAUAUCAUGAAUUUACACGAAAUGUAAAUGGAGAGACAUGCUGAAAAAAAGACCAAAAAAGAUGACAGAACAAAGUUGCAUCAGCUGACUCCUGCUGGAAAACAUGUGCACAUGGUGUCCUAAUGUAGACCUGUGUAUGUACUGUAUGUUCAUCACAUUAUGUUGUAUAUAGUACAAACAAAUGCAUAUGUCUGAAUGCAUGUCUAACACUGUACAUGGGAAAUGAAAGAAUAUUUAAAAAAAUUAAAAUUAUACAGCAGACCUUAAGGUAGAGAACACUGUGAACAACUUUUCAACUGAACACAGCCACAU